CCGAAGAAGGCCGGGAAGAUGGCGGCCUCCUGGAGGCUUCGCUAUGACCUGCCUCUGCUACGCUACCUCCUGGGCUUUGGCAGCCGUCGAAGCCUGGGCCUGGCUCAGGGUGCUGCUGCGUGGCCUGUCGGCCGCGGAGCGAGCUGGAGGUGGUUUCAUGGUACUCAGCUGCUGCAGGCGGAUCCUAUUAAGAUCCUAAUGCCUUCGCUGUCUCCUACAAUGGAACAAGGGAAUAUUGUGAAGUGGCUGAAAAAGGAAGGUGAAGCUGUGAGUGCUGGAGACUCUUUGUGUGAAAUUGAGACGGACAAGGCUGUGGUCACCUUAGAUUCUAACGACGAUGGCAUCUUAGCCAAAAUAGUGGUUGAAGAAGGAGCUAAAAAUAUAAAGCUGGGUUCACUAAUUGGCUUGAUGGUUGAAGAAGGAGAAGAUUGGAAACACGUGGAAAUUCCCAAAGAUGUCGGUGCUUCAUCUCCAGUUUCAAAACCAGCAGUGCCUCCUCAGCCCUCUCCACAACCACAGAUGUCAAGCCCUGCUAGGAAGGAGCACACAGCAGGAACACCACGGUUCCGCUUAAGUCCAGCUGCCCGCAACAUUCUGGAAAAGCAUUCAUUGGAUGCCAGCCAGGGCACAGCCACAGGCCCUCGAGGGAUCUUCACUAAAGAAGAUGCACUCAAGUUAGUUGAGCUGAAACAGAUGGGCAAGAUUACGGCACCUAGAGCAGCCCCAGCUCCUCCAUCCACUCUGUCAGCAUCUGCGCCUCCUCAGGCCACAGCCGGACCAUCUCAUCCUCGGCCAAUGAUCCCGCCAAUAUCCAUCCCUGGACAACCUAAUGCAGCGGGCACAUUCACCGAAAUUCCUGCCAGCAAUAUUCGAAGAGUUAUUGCCAAGAGGUUAACUGAAUCAAAGAGCACUGUGCCUCAUGCCUAUGCUACUGCUGACUGUGACCUUGGAGCAGUUUUGAAAGUUAGACGAGAUCUGGUCAAAGAUGACAUCAAAGUCUCAGUGAAUGACUUUAUCAUCAGAGCAGCAGCUGUGACUCUUAAACAAAUGCCUGGGGUUAAUGUCAGCUGGGAUGGAGAAGGCCCGAAGCAGCUGCCCUCUGUUGACAUUUCAGUGGCUGUGGCAACAGAUAAAGGUUUAAUUACACCAAUCAUCAAAGAUGCUGCUGCUAAGGGUGUACAGGAGAUCGCUGACUCUGUAAAGGUUCUGUCGAAGAAAGCAAGAGAUGGGAAAUUGUUACCUGAGGAGUACCAAGGAGGAUCUUUUAGUAUUUCCAACUUGGGGAUGUUUGGCAUCGAUGAGUUUUCUGCAGUGAUCAACCCUCCUCAGGCCUGUAUUUUGGCAGUUGGGAGAUUCCGACCUGUACUGAAGCUCACUGAGGAUGAAGAGGGGAACCCCCAGCUACAGCAGCACCAGCUUAUAACUGUCACAAUGUCAAGUGACAGUCGAGUGGUUGAUGACGAACUGGCUACCAGGUUUCUUGAAAGUUUCAAAGCAAACCUAGAGAAUCCCAUGAGACUUGCAUAGUCUUCAAAGACCAGACGUUUCCUGAGUAGUUGUUAACCAGAUAUGCAAUUGAUUGUAAGUAUGAAGUAGAUGAAAUACUUAUUUAUAUAAGGCGAAAGCCUUUGGCCUGAGCUGUAUUCAUUUCCCUGUCUGUUCACUGUAGAAGUGUGUGAUGAUAAAGAACAUUCGCCUAGUCAGAUCCAUCUUUAACCUCUGGUGCUGUACACAAGGGGUGAACUGAUGCCAAUCGCUAAUAGUGAAUAUAUGAGAUUGUAAAAUUUAAAAAAAUAUAGAAUUCUAACUUAAUCGUGUCGAACUUAUAAGUGGGCUCCAAAGAGAUGUCUGUCCAUAUUGGGACCUCUCUUUUUUUAUAAGCAGUGAGUGCUCUUGAUAUACUUGAACAAUUUAAUAUGUACAGUUAGUUUAUUCUGGAUUAGUAAAUAAGGAUUACAUUUUACUAGGGGUUGUGACAACAUUAUUAAACUUUUGUGUAUAUAAAGCUGAUGUCUUAGCUAAAUAUAUAUAUAUAUAUCUUCCCAGUCAUAUUUUUCACUUCUAUGACACUGUGAACUUCUUCUGAAGAAUAAACAUGAAGAAAGGAAAUGAACAGAAGAGUGUUUGUUCAGAGACCCUACCUCAUAAAAGUUAGGGGAGCGACUGGGUUUGUACCUGUCACCUCACGCAUUUGAGAGACUGAGAAAGGAGGGCAGCUCCGAAUUCUGGGCUAGAUGGGCCACACAGUGAGACUCCAUCUCACAGAGGGCUGAGGGCUUCCUUCCUACAGCGAAAAGCUGUAGUUGAUCUAAAUUCAGCAGUGAGCUCUUCUGCCGACUUGGAAAGAAUGGAAAUAAAUUGUGUUC